GGCAAAGGAAUAAUUUUUCUCUCGCAGAAUGUUCAAAAUCGCCUUUCAAAUCGAGUUUCUAAAGAACUUCAAGUGGGACCGAACGUGGAAGAAGAGAACCAAGUAAUUCUGAAAAAAAACCCUUUUCCAAUUGACGUAUUUGCGUGUAUUUUGAUUAUGAUAAUGCCGAAGACCUACCUUCGCCAUCUCCUCUGAAAUUUUCCUCUUUCUGUCUCUUUCUGAUCUGUUUUCUCGCUACUCGAACGCGUUGAUUUCAACAAUGGGGUUACUGUUUUGAGUAAUCUAAGUCUUCCAUCAAGUCUUUGUGUUGACUGAGUGUAUGAAGCAUCCCGUUUCCCACCAUUCUUAACACAACACCCCUUUCCUUCAAUCCCACUCUCAAAAAAGUCUUCCAAUUCGACUUUCUUGAUGAUGGGUUCCCACUAACUGGAGAAUUGCAUUUUUUUCCCUAGACUUUCCCCCCCAUUGGAGCUCCUUUCCUCUCUGCGUUCUUUUUUUUUUUUUGUUCUUCUUCACUUUCUAGAUGGAGAAAGUGAUUCGGUUAUGUCGAUUCUUUGAUCGUUUUUUCUGUUUUGAUUGAUUGGUUGUACUCGAUGGGCGUUGGUUGUGAUUGUUAGAACUUAGAAUCAUUGGGGCUCUGUGUUUGACUUGUGUCAUUUUUUCCGGCGAGAUAUGGCGGGGCUUCUGAAAAAGUUUUAUCACGGGAAGCCCUCUUCUCCGGUUGAGGAAGAGGAAUUUAGCACUGAAUAUUCUUUUGCAACCGAGUAUAAAGGUCCUGCAAUAAGUUUUGAGAUUCCUCGUGCAGUUCCAAUCAAAAUCGAUUAUAUUCCAACUGCUGCUAUAGUUGUUUCGUCGUCUCAGUUUAAUGAUGAUGUAUCAUCUCUGCCUGUGAUACAACCCAUCGUUAAGAAAUCAAACUGGGGCUCAAGCUCGAGCCCUAAAUCGAUAGUUUCUUCAACCUUGAAAAUCCAGGAAGAUGAGCCUGCUUGCCCUGAUACUAAUAAGAAAGAUAAUGGGGAAGAUGAAUGUAAUAUGAAGUCGUGCGAUGGAAUUGAAAGUUCUGGUGAGCUUGAGAAUUUCAAUAGGCUAAAGGGAGGAUUAGAAAGCGGGUUAGAAUCACAGGAAAUUAAGAAUGAAGAGGAUUUUCAGGGUUACACAAAUUCUAGCUAUUCGGAAUCGCCAGAAUCGGGUUUGAGUUCGUCUUCAGAGAUUUUUGCUGUAAGAGAGGAGGAAGAAAUUGAAAAUGAAACUCAGCCUAGGCAUGUCAAAAGGCCUUCAGCUGUUACCUUUCUCGAUCCCCAUUCGAGCAACAUGGUUUCUGAAGAAGCAGAAUCAAGUCAAUUUGAGGCUGAAAGUAUCCAAGAGAUGCCAAGAGCUGAAAGGAAAGGGAAGAAAGGAUCCUGCUAUUACUGCCUUAAGGGGAACCGUUUCACUGAAAAGGAAAUGUGUAUUGUUUGUGGAGCCAAAUAUUGUUUUAACUGUGUGAUAAGAGCAAUGGGGUCAAUGCCAGAAGGAAGAAAGUGUCUGACUUGUAUUGGGUUCAGGAUCGAUGAAACAAAAAGAGAGAACCUGGGUAAGUGCUCUAAAGUGCUCAAGAGGUUGCUAACUGACUCAGAAGUUAAGAGCACGAUGGAGCGUGAGAAAGAGUGUGAAGUAAAUCAGCUACCUGCAAGACUUGUUUAUGUUAAUGACUCUCCUUUAAGUCGAGAGGAGCUGCUUACAUUGCGGAGUUGCCAAAAGCCACCGAAGAAUUUAAAACCAGGAAGAUUUUGGUAUGACAAAGAAUCGGGCUUCUGGGGAAAGGAAGGGUGUGGGCCGAGCCAGAUAGUCAGCUCGCAGCUAGAAGUCGGGGGCCGCAUCAGAAGAAACGCUAGCAAUGGCAACACAAAUGUGUGCAUUAAUAACCGAGAGAUCACUAAAAAAGAGCUCCGGAUACUGAAGAUGGCAGGAGUACCUUGUGAAGGAAGACCUUCUUUUUGGGUUAGUGCAGAUGGAACAUAUCAGGAAGAGGGAAUGAACAACGGGGGGAAAAUAUGGGACAAGAAAAGAACGAAGCUAGCAUGUGCUCUCUUUUCUUUGCCUAUCCCUUGUAAUUCUGUUUCUUCUGGAGAGGAUUCGGUGAAAAAUGGUACUCGAGUUUGCUCCCAGAAGAAAACGCUUCAUAAACUUCUACUUGUUGGCUAUGAAAAGUCUGGCACAAGUACCAUAUUCAAGCAGGCCAAGCAAAUAUAUAGAGUUCCAUUCUCUGAUGAUGAGCGCCAAACCAUUAAGUUCAUGAUUCAAAGGAAUCUGUACUGGUAUCUUGCGAUACUGCUGGAAGGACGCGAACGUUUUGAAGAAGAGUUUUUGCUGGGCGAGGAGAAUAAACCACCAGUGAACGAUCCGUCCACCUCAUCAGCAUCAGUGGUAACAGGGAAUGAAGAUCAGUUAACCCGUAAAACGGCCUAUUCGCUUGGUGUGAAGCUCAAAGGUUUUGCCGAUUGGCUACUUCAAGUCGUGGUUUCGGGUAACUUCGAAACCGUAUUUCCGGCUGCUACUCGUGUGUAUGCUCAAUUAGUGGAAGAGUUAUUGAAGGAUGAUGCCUUUCAAGCUGCAUACAGUCGAAGGAAUGAACUUGAAAUGCUACCAAGAGUUGCUACUUAUUUCCUUGAUCGGGCGGUCGACAUUUCGAGUAUGGAUUAUGACCCUUCCGACAAUGACAUCUUGUAUGCCGAAGGAAUUUCCUCAUGUAACAACCUCAGUAACAUGGAGUUCUCGUUUCCCGAGUCACGACAAGAUGCCCUUCUCGACCCUCCUUAUCAGCACGAUUCGUCAAUAAGGUACCAGCUGAUUCGAGUUCAUCCCAGUAGCCUUGGAGAAAACUGCAAAUGGCUGGAAAUGUUUGAAGACAUGAGCAUCAUCCUAUUCUGCGUCGCAUUGACAGAUUACGACGAAUUCUACGAAGACGAUAGCGGGAUUCUAGUAAACCGGAUGAUGGCGAGCAAACAACUCUUCGAAACCAUUGUGAUGCAUCCAGCCUCGAGAGGGAAGAACUUCCUUCUCAUACUCAACAAGUUCGAUCUCUUCGAAGAAAAAAUCAUCCGAGUUCCUCUCUCUCAAUGUGAGUGGUUCGACAACUUCAAUCCAAUGAUCACCCCAAACUCAAGCGGAAGAAGUAGCAGCAGCACGAACCCGACGCUGGCACAACGGGCGUUUCAGUACAUUGCGGUGAAAUUCAAGAGAUUGUUUUGUUCGUUGACAGAAAAGAAGUUGUUUGUUUCACAAACUACAGGGAUGGAGCCUGAAAAUGUGAAUUCAGCUCUGAGAUAUGCAAGGGAGAUCAUAAAAUGGGAAGUGGAGAAACCUAUGAUCAGCAUUACUGAAAUUUCAAGUACCAGUGCUGAUGCAAGCAGCUUCACAUAGGGAUCAAAUUUAGAUGAUGCAUUGUACAUUUAAUUGAUUAUUUCUCAUAGAAUCGGCAUAGUACAAAUAAUAGUGCAAUGUAAAUUCUUCAUACUGUUAUGGAAUAAAGCUAAAGAAUUAAUUAAGAUUA